AUGACCGUUCGAUUGCUGAUACGUAAAGUUUGCAUUUCUUCAGGACAUGCUGGCGCGAGGGACGGUGGUGGCAGAAGGUAUCCUGUGAUUGUGUUCGUGCAUGGCGAGAGCUACGAAUGGAGCAGUGGAAAUCCUUACGACGGCAGCGUCCUGUCAAGUUACGGAGGAGUCGUCGUCGUCACCAUCAACUAUAGACUCGGUAUUCUGGGCUUUCUAAACGCCAACACAGACUCGCACUUACGCUCGCCAGCGAAUUACGGUCUGAUGGACCAGAUCGCAGCGUUACACUGGGUACAGGAGAAUAUCGCUUAUUUUGGGGGCGAUCCCAAAAACGUCACGCUAGUAGGACACGGUACCGGUGCCGCCUGCGUCAACUUCCUGAUGACCAGCCACGCGGUUCCUGAUGGUCUGCUGUUUCAUCGGGGCGUUCUGAUGUCGGGCAGCGCGCUUUCACCGUGGGCGUUAGUGAGAGGCGCCGCCAAUUACGCCAUGCAGGUCGCCAAACACCUAAAUUGUUCGUCGGUAGCGGAAGAUCCUCAAGCCCUGUUAAAGUGUUUGAGAGAUGUGUCCUUGAGUGAAUUGGUAUCGGUGCCUGUUAAAGGGCUGGAGUUUGCGCCAGCUUUUGGCCCCAGUAUAGACGGCGUUAUAAUCGAUCCUGGCGAUCCCGAGGAUCAGGACUACACCCUGCAAGUCGACACGAUCAAUACGCUCAACAACAUCCUUCUGAGAAAGGAUGUCGUCGCGAAACUGUCGAGGUACGAUUUGAUGGUGGGUGUUGUUCGUUCAGAAGCGUAUUUUUCGUUAACCGCCGACGAUGCUCAGUAUGGGAUUGAAGCUGAUAGAAGGACAAAGAUUUUACGGGAAUUUGUGCGGAACACGUACACGUAUCACCAGCCGGAAAUCCUAGCAACUAUAAUAAACGAGUAUACGGAUUGGGAACGACCUGUGCAACAUCCCGUCAAUAUUAGAGAUGAGACUCUCGAGGCCUUGGGGGACGCGAAUACAGUCGCUCCGGCAACGAGAACCGCGGAUCUUCACAGUCAAUCCCAUAGGAACUCCUAUCUAUAUGUCUUCGACUAUCAAACAAAAUUCGGAGACUAUCCUCAGAGACCAGGAUGUAUCCAUGGGGAGGAGCUGCCAUAUUUUUUCGGAGCGCCCUUAGUUGGAGGUUUGUCUCAUUGGCCGAAGAACUAUACUAGAGCCGAGAUAGCGCUCUCCGAAAGUGUGAUACUCUAUUUGACAAACUUUGCACGUACGGGAAAUCCGAAUGAGGGUACUCCUGAUCCUGGACCUCUUGGUUCCAGACCGGAAAGGACCAAGUUUAAAAAUAUCGACUGGACCGCUUAUGAGGCUGUCCAUAAAAAAUAUCUUAGUAUAGAGCUCAAAUCGAAAUUGAAGAACCACUAUAGGGCCCAUCGCCUUUCUUUUUGGUUGAAUUUAGUGCCCGAUCUUCAUAAACCCGGCUCAGAUGACGUUCCUAGGUCGCAUCAUCUUCUCGAUGCUGAGCAGGUGCCACCCAGAUUUAUUCAGAGGCUACCAACAACUGCGAGAACGACUACGUUGGAAGUAACUUCUAUCGAGAAAUCCUUGUCUAAUAUGUCAACAAUUAUACCAAGUGACAUUACUUUUGAGGAUUCCACGGCGUUACCCGAGGAUGGCUUCGCGGCGUAUUCCACCGCCCUGAGCGUGACAAUCGCGAUCGGCUGUAGUUUGCUGAUCCUGAAUGUACUCAUUUUCGCCGGGGUGUAUUAUCAACGCGACAAGAGUAACCACCAACACCACGGCUGCUCGAAGAAGCGUCAAGAGAACGGUCAAAUGCCGAACAACAUUUGCGGCGAGCUGGAAACCAAAACCGCCGAACGACAUCAUAUCCAGCACAUACCGCCGCCGGAGUUUGCUGAUCUCCAAAACAAUACCUGUCACGUGCCUAUGCCGCCCCCGCCACCGAAGAAUACGAAGCCCGGCAAGCCUGGCCAGAACCUCAUCAUCAGUCCUAAUCAGCUGCAGCAAGAGAGCUUGGCCAUGACUGGCACUGGAACCUUGAAGAAGGGACACAAUCACCCUCAGAUCAUGGAGGAAUUAAGGGUCUGACUUUAGGAGACCACGUGGCCACCGAACUAACAUGGCCGCGAGGAAAUUAGAAUCCUAAAACAACCGUCAUGGAAUUACUUUGAAAUAGAAAUCAUUUUCUAAUUAUCAAUCUGAUCAUGGACAUAAUCAGGACAUUGAGAAAGAAACACAAUCAUUGCCAGGUCACAAAGAAGCUGAGAAUCAUACUUUAGUGAAUACCGAAACUUUUAGAUUAAAAACUGUCGAGUAUUAGGAAACCGUACUGAGAUAACUUUUCAGAAUGUUUCUCGUCAACGGUUUUUGGUCAGAAGUGGCAAAAUCUUGCAAAAGAAACCGCAAGACGAUUAAAAGAGACAAAGUAUGAAGUCAAAAACGGAAAAUCGUUUCAGAAAUAAUGUUAUCCAACGAUACUCGACGGAAAAUGGAACAAUUCUUCAAAGUUUUUCGAAGCGUGAUAUUGUCGAUAGAUAGGAAGUGAUAAAGGAUGAAAAGUAAAUGGAGAACUUUCAUUGUUACGUGAAAAGUACGUAUUAGUGCCAGAGAGAGGCGUGACUGGGAUCUUGAAUCCGGAAGUUAACUGCUGGCCUUUAUUGUAGACCUAGAAAAGGUCGAGGUCCAGUCGUUUGGGCCAAGCAGUGUCGCUUCCAUUCGCUAGUUGCUGCCCCUGUGUUAGUGACACCGCCAUAUACUGUUAUCGUUUUCUACCUUUCGAAUUUGCGACCAACUGCCGAAAAUCACAUAGUCUUCGACGAAUAGACAAAUCUGCGUUAAGUAGGACUCUUCAUCCUCAAGAAAAGAGUUUUAUCGUAUUAUA